AUGGCAGUUUGUGAGCCUGCAAGGCAUGACGAGGAACUUCAAGAUGAAAAAUGGCAAAGUGCUAUGGAGCCAAAGUUUCAUGGCAUCGACCUGUUAAAUGGUUCUGGUAAACUUCUCAACGGGAAGCAUUAUUGGGCUUCAUCUACUACGAUUUAUAAAUACAUCGUGUGUAAAAUCAUUUCUUUUGAGUUAGCAGAAAGAGACAUGGGGAAGCAUGGUGCUUUCCUUUGUAAACAAGACAAGUCUAAUUUCAAACUGGGAGUCGUGGGAAGUGACCUUUCUCUGAUUUAUACUUGUCAUCCUGGUGCUACUACUACUGAUGUAUGGAUUUUGAAGGAUUGCAGAUCUUGGAUAAAAUUGUUCACCAUCAAAUUUCCUCAACGUGCUGGGAUAUAUCUUCUUCCUUCACCCAUUUACACAUUUUCUAUGCAUUUUCGCCAGUCAAAUAAGGGUGACUUUUUACUUUUGGAUACCCCAUUUAUCAUGAUAUUUGAUGGUUCAACCAGAAAACUAGAGUACAGUGCUGAUGUUAGGAGAGAAGAAAUCUAA